GCUUCUAGUUUAAUGCGAAGAAGAGCAUCUGAAAAGAUCUUUUGCAACCGAAAGAUGAAGAAGUGCUAUGUGGUGGCUCUAGUCCUGACUGCAGUCCUACUGGGGCUCAUCUUGUUCCUGGGACUCUUCUUCGGACUGCGCUCUGACUCAGAAGACAAGCACACCUAUAAGAGGGCGGCUGUGGCUACAGACGCUGGGCAGUGCUCAAUAAUUGGAAGGGACAUCCUUCAGCAAGGUGGAUCUGCAGUGGAUUCUGCAAUUGCAGCUCUGCUCUGCGUGGGACUCAUGAACGCUCACAGCAUGGGCAUUGGAGGGGGACUGUUCUUUACCAUCUACAACAGCACAGGAAAAGUGGAAAUCAUUAAUGCAAGAGAGGUGGCUCCAAAAGGAGCCUCGGAGGCCAUGUUUGGGAACGACACACAGCUCUCUCUGAAAGGAGGAUUGUCUAUCGCUGUUCCAGGAGAAAUCCGUGGCUAUGAACUGGCUCACAAACGUCAUGGCAGGCUGGCGUGGAAAGACCUGUUUAUGCCCAGUGUCAAGUUGGCAAGAGAAGGAUUCCCUAUUGGGAAAGGCCUUGCAGCAGCCAUCAAAUCAAGAGAGAAGUCAAUUGAAAGCAACCCCUCACUGUGCGAAGUGUUCUGCAGAGGAGGGAAAAUUCUGCAUGAGGGUGAUAUCGUCAAGAUGCCUAAACUAGCCAACACAUAUGAGACUAUAGCCAAUGAAGGAGCAGAUGCCUUUUACACAGGAAGCCUGGCAAAACAGAUCAUCGCUGACAUCCAGAGUGUAGGGGGGAUUGUCUCAAUGGAUGACCUGCGGGACUACAAUGCAACAGUGAUUGAAGAUCCCAUACAGGUUACGCUUGGGGAGUUUACCCUCUACACUCCUAGUGCCCCCCUGAGUGGCCCAGUGCUAGCCCUCAUUUUCAACAUACUGAAAGGAUAUAAUUUCUCUGCUGACAGCAUCAAAACUGUGGAGAAGAAAGGUCUGACUUACCACCGCAUUGUGGAGGCCUUUCGCUUUGCCUACGCCAAGAGGACUUUACUGGGAGAUCCAAAAUUUGUCAACAUUACAGAGGCAAUCAGAAACAUGACGUCCGAGUUCUUUGCUGAUAGUCUCCGAAGAAAAAUCACAGACAACACUUCCCAUCCAGUUGACUACUACGAGCCAGUAUAUUACACUCCAGAUACUGCUGGUACAUCCCACCUCUCCAUUGUGGCUGAUGAUGGCAGUGCUGUGUCCGCCACCAGCACCAUCAACCAAUACUUUGGCUCUGAUGUACGAUCCAACGUGAGUGGAAUCAUAUAUAAUGAUGAGAUGGAUGACUUCAGCUCACCUUACAUAAUCAAUGGAUUUGGGAUACCUCCUUCUCCAGCAAAUUUCAUAGCACCAGGUAAACAGCCGAUGUCCUCCAUGUGCCCCUCCAUCUUGGUGGACAAAUCAAAAAUGGUCAGGAUGGUGGUUGGUGCUUCUGGAGGAACAAAAAUAACCACAGCAACAGCACUGACGAUCAUCAAUUCCAUCUGGUUUGAUUAUGAUGUGAAGAAAGCAGUGGAAGAGCCCAGAAUUCAUGAUCAGCUGUUUCCCAAUAUCACGGAACUUGAGCAGCAAAUAGAGGAGGGUAUAGAAGAACAACUAAAGAAGAGAAAACAUGAUACCACACGAGUGACCAGCAGUGCGAUUGUGCAAGCCAUUCUCAGAACAGAUGAUGGAUGGGCUGCAGCCUCCGAUUCCCGGAAAGGUGGCUUUCCUGCAGGCUACUGACCUGGUUCAGCUCCUUUUUUUCAGUGAUCUAGUGACACUGAG